AAGUGAAAUAUUAGAACAUAUGACUUUUGUAGUAAAUACUGUCCAUGCAGGGUUUAUUCAUUCCAAAAUGCAGGUGGUUAAACUUUCACUUGUGGUUGUGGGAAACAGUUAAUAUUUUAAAACUAAAGUCACAUGUAUAAUCGGAUAUCUAUGCCAUAAAGGUGACAGGCUAAGACCGCAUAACUCUAGAACAAAAUAUCGCAGUUUCCAUUUCCUUCCUUCCUCAAAUCUUUUAUGUCCCGAGGGUUUUUUCCUUUCAUGGUUUCCUCAACAUUCUGAACGGAUUGUGUUCCCCACGAAUCCUCCUGUGAUUUUCACUGUCAAGAUAAGUCAGUUAAAGUUAUAGUCUAAUUUAUUCGUGAUCAUGGCAAGGAGAACGAAUCCUUUUGUUGGUUUGAUAACCGUAAUUAUUAUAAUUAUGUUAAUGCUAAAGGUAGGAGGGGAAAGCAUUGACUCCUCUACCUGCGUGUGCAAGGGGGACAUUUGCCACGCUGUAACCCUCGGUGCUGUCGAUUUCCAGACAUCGGAACAAAUGUGUCAAAAGAUGAAAGGAGAAUUAAUGACGGUUCGAUCUGCAGCAUCAGCCGAAAUAAUUGGAGAUUUGCUUGUACGGGUAACCGGAUACUUCUGGAUCGGAUUGCGCCUACCAGAUGACCAAUGCAGCAACAUCGAAUCGAAAUUGAGAGGAUACCAGUGGACAACUGGAUUUCAAAUCGCAGAUUUCAGCAACUGGAAAGACAACGUAAAUGUCUGCGCUCCACGGUGUGUGUCCGUUUCUACCGAUCGAAUGUGGACAGAACGACCUUGCCAGGAAAAAGUGGAUGGAUUUUUGUGUCAGAAUGUUCAUAAAAGCACGUGCCAAACACCGCAUAUGGAGGCUCAAGAGUUUUCUCAUCAAGGAGAUGUCAUCUAUAGUAAUGAAGGAUGCGCUGGGGCUCCUUGCGAACAUACAUGCACGGAUGUGCCAGGGGGCUACAAAUGCUCUUGUUUUGAAAGAUAUAUUCCAAGGAGCGAAAACCCCAAUAUGUGUAAAAUGCACUGUUCUUCGGCCAACUGCCCAGUAAUAUGCGACAGAAACAGCGCUGGGACACAAUGUAAUUGUCCUGGUGGCUUCCUAAAGAGUGAUGAUUCUUGCCAAGAUAUUGACGAAUGCGAGAAUGGAUAUUGUGAUCAACUUUGUGAUAACAUGUUUGGAAGUUUUGUUUGCUCAUGCAGAGCUGGAUUUUCCCUUCAAAAUGUGGUUAAAUGUGUCAAAACAGAUGGACAUGAAAUGGUUCCCUUAACAACCCCUGUCUACAGUGACUUCUUAACGCCAGGUUUUAACUUCACAAGUAAUGUAUCAUCAGCAACAACGGGGAUAUUUCUUUGGGUGUGGAUUUUCAUUGCAGCGGCGGUCAUAGUACUGAUACUUGUUGUUCGGUAUUGUGUUUCUAAGCGUCAUGAGCAGAACGUUGACAGCCAACAGAGAUGUAAUGAUGAGGUGCUAUAGAUUACAUUGACUGCCACAUUAAGGAAUGAGCAAAAGCUAUUCAAGUUGGGGAGGGUAUUUUAAGGCUACUGUUGUUCAAUAUUACUUCUAUAGCCUGUAGCUCAGUUGGUAGAGCACGGUGCUUGCAACGCCAGGGUUGUGGGUUCGUUUCCCACGGGGGGCCAGUA